UUUACUGUAAAACAUGUUUCAAAUACUUCUGUGGAACAUGUAUUCAAUCCCAUGUACAGCAUGGUUGGUUGUUUUGGAAAGGAUCAAAUAAUUUAGUUGGUUGUUUUGGAAAGGAUCAAAUAAUGAAGUGGCCACUUUCUAAGACGAUGGAGAAUUAUCUUAAAACAUGCAGCUUACACAAGGAUGAAACAUUAGUGAUGUACUGCCUGGACCACAGUCAGCUCUGUUGCUCUAGUUGUGUUGAGCUUAAUCACAGCCAGUGCAGAAGAGUGACACGAAUCUCUGAGCUGAGAGACACAGAGUUAAAAGACCUGCAGACACUGUUAGCAGAGCUAAAAACUGUGCUGGUAGAAAUCAAACAAGUGCAGAUAAGUCAGAAAGCCAGUGUUCAGUCAUUGCAGAUAACAUACAAGGAUCAUGAGGAAUCCACAAUACAACGGAUGCGUCAAAUUAUAAGCACUACUAUUGAUGAAUGUGGUAAUGGUUCUGUGAGUAAGUCUGAAGCAAAUGAUCAGAAUAUAAAACAAGAAAUAAGUAUGAGUAUCAUUUCCUUCUUAGAUGAUUUUGAUAACAGUAAUAUAAAAGAGCUAAAACAAAUGAAAGAUGCAGUUUUAAGCAUUAAAGGUUCCAUAACAAGUUUUAUUCAUAAAUGCGCAAUACUUCAGAACGAAUUAACACAGUUCUAUUCAACCAUUCAGAAAAUUGGGGAUAAUAAAGAGCUCUACCUUAUAGCCACCAUAAAAUGUGAGAACAAAAUACAGCAGGCUUUGACAGUGCUGGGAAAGGCAGACCAUGUGUUUACUGUCCAGGGGAUGUCUGUGCACAAUGUGAAAAUACAAAGGGAUUUACACACAUGUCAUAUCACAGGCUGUUGUGUUCUCUCAGAAGAGCAGGUCCUGAUUGUAGACAACUCUAAUAAUAAAGUCAAGCUGCUAAAUGAGCAGUACCAGGUUGUGAGUCAUUGUUGUGUGACAGCUAAACCUCUAGAUGUGUGUCAAAUCACACCAAGUGAGGUUGCAGUGACUGUUGAUGAUGGAAGUACAACACAUGAGAUCCAGUUUAUCACAGUCAUCAACAGCCAGCUUGUAAUUGGAAGAAAGUUUCAGUUAAAACAUGAAUGCACGGGUAUUGCCCACCACGACGGUGACCUGUUUGUCACCUCUGGCCGUGAACUGUAUAAGUACUCACUGAGUGGGAAAGGAGGCUGCAUGCUUUAUCAUGAUCAUGUACAAUUCUAUAUUAGCAACUUUGGUAAAGCACCGUACAUAUAUACUUUGUUCCAGGAUUCAUUAGGUCCUUCUACAGUAUGGAGGUGUGCUGUGAGUCGCACGGGAGACAAGCUGUACAUAAUCAACAAACUCAAUAACAAGCUCAUCACCCUGGCCAGGGAUGGUAAAAUCCUGGCUAUAUACACAGAACCAAACCUAACAGUCCCGGUUUGUGUGCACGUAACCCCUGCAGGCCAGGUUUUGGUCUGUGGACACUUGUCUGGGACUAUAAUACAGGUGGGCUGUGAGGGGAGGAAGAGGCUGGCCACUUUAGCCAAAGUGAGGGGUGGACCAGAGUCUGUCUGCUACAACAGCACCACUAACUCCAUCAUUGUGGGACAGUGCGAGGAAAACAACAUCCUUGUGUUCAGAGUAAAAUAG